AAAAUUCUGACGCCGCUUCUACUAUUCCAGUGGAAUUGGAUCGCUUUUCUUCGAUUUAUAUGAAAAGUAAUCUUGUAGAAUGAAUAUUUCUACUGAUUUCGGGCCAGAUUCUGGCGGAAGAGUAAAGGGACUUACGAUUGUCAAGCCAGUUGUGUACGGCAAUGUUGCUCGAUCGUUCGGUAAAAAGCGUGAAGAGGACGGUCAUACCCACCAGUGGACGGUGUACGUGAAGCCGUACAAAAAUGAAGACAUGCAAACGUACGUAAAGAAGAUACAUUUUAAGCUGCAUGAAAGCUAUGCUAACCCGAACCGGAUCAUUACCAAACCGCCGUACGAAGUCACCGAAACCGGCUGGGGAGAGUUCGAAAUUGUGAUCAAGAUACACUUCCAUGAUCCCACCGAGCGACCGGUGACGAUGUACCACAUACUGAAGCUCUUCCAGUCACCCAUCUUGGACGGCGAGGUGUCGACGCAGAUCGAAGGGAAGAAAGGUCUGGUUUCCGAGCAGUACGAGGAAAUUGUGUUCCAGGAGCCGACUCAAUUGAUGCAGCAGCUGCUGACGAAUGUGCAACCAGUCGUCUCCGGCAUUUGGAAGCAUGAUACAGAUUUUGAAGAGAAAAAAGUUCAAGCGCUGGAGAGUAUAAUCGAAACGAAGACUAAGGUGAUAACGGAAAUAGCACAACUGAAAGACAAGCUGAAGCUUGCCCGCGAAACGAUCGCAAAAUUUAAAGCAGAAAUGGUCAAAGUGCAAGGGCAACAACCAGCGGCGUGAGUGAAUAAAUCAUCGUAUUUAAGGGUUUGGAUUAAGAAUUAUAGAUGUAAAAUGCAAAAAAUAUAGAACUGCCAUCAGU